UGAAUCCACACUCACUGGGGUUUGUCAUUCAUCCACCGACACUCGUAUCUGAUCGGACUAAACGUGGCCUCAUGAUUCCCCUCGGAGCCUUUUACCCCUUUCUCUCAUCUCCCACCCACAGAUUUGACAGAGUGGAUUGUUGAUAAAUCAUUACAUGGAAGACGGUGGUCUCGGGAUGGACGCGGAGCUGGGUGCUGACAGCGCCCGCAGAAAGAUGGAGGCGGCGGGCGAGGCGCUGGAGAUCGUGCCGCUGGAAAUGUAUGAUUCAGCCCGAGCCAAAAUAGCGGCUAAUCUGCGGUGGCUGUUCGCCAAAGCCUUCGGUAUCGAUCACAUCCCAGAGGACCUGCGGGACCCUUUCUACAGAGACCAGUAUGAGCAGGAGCACAUUAAGCCUCCAGUGAUCCGGUUACUGCUGUCCUGUGAGCUGUACUGUCGCGUAUGUGCCCUCAUUCUCAAAGGAGACCAGGUGGCCUCUCUGCAGUCCCACCAGUCCGUCAUCCAGGCCCUGUCUCGCAAAGGCAUCUAUGUCAUGGAGGAUGAUGACACGCCGGUGACAGACUCCGAUCUAACCUGUCAGCCAAUCAAAAUGAGUUCCCACAUCCCCAUGAUUGAUGCUUUGAUGAUGGCCUACACCGUGGAGAUGAUCAGCAUUGAGAAGGUCGUGUCCUGCGUGAAGCGUUUCUCCACAUUCAGUGCCUCCAAGGAGCUUCCCUUUGACCUCGAGGAUGCAAUGAUCUUCUGGAUCAACAAGGUGAACUUGAAAAUGAGGGAGAUCACAGAGAAAGAGCACAAAUCAAAACAGCAUCUGCUGGAAUCUCCAAGUCAUCAGAAGUCUCCCUCAAAAUGGUAUUGGAAACUAGUACCUGUACGGUAUCGGCGAGAUCACGCUUCAGGUCGACAGCUUCCCUAUUUCCAGAUGCUGGAAGACCUGAUUAGAGACGUGUGUGACGGUGCUGCAUUGCUGACCGUGGUCCAUUACUACUGCCCUGAACUGAUGAAGCUUGACGAUAUCUGCUUGAAAGAGGUGACCUCAAUAGCAGACAGCCUUUAUAAUAUCCAGCUGCUGAAAGAGUUUGCCAAUGAGUACCUUAACAAAAGCUUCUAUUUGACUCUUGAAGACCUGUUAUAUGCACCACCUGUGCUCAAGCACAAUGUCAUGGUAUUUAUAGCGGAGCUCUUCUGGUGGUUUGAGAUCGUCAAGCCUGAGUUUGUCCAGCCGAGAGAUGUUCAAGAGUUCAAAGAUGCAAGAGCAGUGAGCCAGCCCAAGAGUGCCAGGCCUACUGUGCCCAUUUCCAACGCCACAAAACGAAGCUUCCUGGUGUCUCCGGGUGCGGCUGAUCCAGUGCUUCCUGUUCAGAACAGCCCGGAAGUUUGUAACAGGUACUUCCUGCACCCUGAAGAAUCUGAGCCUCUUAACAAGGGGAGUUCUGGCUUCAGCCCCUCACAUCCACUUCUGCCACUGAGACAAAGACAGAAGAAAGCUCAGCCAGCAGAGGAAAGCACGGCUUGUCGAAAUCGAUCUAAUUCAUUGACGCAAGAAGGUCAUCCCAGAGGAUCUGUGGCUUGGUCAGAUAAACGGCAGCGGCCACUGUCUCAGCUGAAUCGGUAUGUUCUUCACUCUGCUACGGACAGUGAUGCAGACUUGGCCUCAGGCGACAGCGUUAGUCUGACUUGCUCUAUCAGUGAGGACAGCCUGGCCUCCACGGUCACACCCAAGCAUCAGAGCCAUCCAGGUCAAGGGAGUGUUAGACGGAUCAAUGGUCAUAGUCUACUUGGCAACGUUAACAUGGAUGAGGAGGAAGAGCUGGUAGCCAUUGCCAGGGCCGAUCCUUCCAAGAAUGACAUAACACUGACAAACUCUGAGGAUACAGAGCGACAGGGUGUUACCCCUGGUGCUAAAAGCAUUUGGGGAAGACAAGAGGAUGCAUCUUCAGAUUCCCGAACAGCCAGUUUCUUCCUGGAACCUCUGAUGCCUGCGGUUCUUAGGCCAGCCAAAGAAAAAUCUAUAAGUUUAAAUAAGGAAGAAGAAUCUGGAGAGGGACGGCAGAGAGGGUCAACUCGGAGAGUGGCUGGAGCAGAAAGUGCUGCUUCAUCUACACGACGGAGACCUCCACAAACUCUCAACCGAACUUUUACCCCUAACACCAGCUCUGAGUUUGAGACCACUAUUGAGCCUAAAUCAAGUGAAUUUGUGCCUCCAGCCCCUGGGCAAAUGCAAGCUUUCAGACCACUGGUGACAAGUAGCGUUGAGCCAUCUUCUGCUGAGCGGUCACCUGGGUUUUACCUUCAUUCUUCGGUCACUGAGGAAAAGAGGCCUGUCCAAGCGUGGGACGCCCAUCCAGGGACAUCUGAUAUAGAGACAGUGGAAACUAUUGAAGAGCAGGAUGCAGAACUCACCAAAGAGCUCCACCCAGACAAGAAGCAGCAUUUUGAGGAGGAAGUAGAGUCUGCCAAACUGCGGGAGGACAUGAAUGUGAAGGAGCAUGAGGAUAAGGAUGGUGGGAGCAGGUGCUCUAGCCCUGGCCAGCAAUCCCAGGUCAGCAGUGUAGCUAGUGGGAGUAUACGAAUGACCAGCUUUGCAGAACGAAAAAUGCAGAGGUUUGGUAGUAAUCAAGAUAUCCGCUCAAGCACAAGCAGCUCACAGCGGACUACACCAGACGGCUCAGAGAGUUGCCCCCUUCCUCUGACCUCAUGGAGGAUGAAGAGAGACCAGAGUCCCACACCACAGAACAAGGACAAUGCCAACAUGCUGGCAUCGGAACUUGUUCAACUCCACAUGCAACUUGAAGAAAAGAGACGUGCAAUUGAAUCCCAAAAGAAGAAGAUGGAAAUCUUGACAGCAAGACAGCGGCUUAAGCUUGGGAAAGCAGCCUUCCUGCACAUAGUCAAGAAAGGCAAGAGUGACACUCUCCCGCAGCCUACCAAGUCUGAGUUCUACUUGAAAGAGGGCCAAAAACUCAAUGAAGAAAAGGAGGUGUCAUCAAAAGAUGAUACCUGCGUUGAUGCCUUGAGAGACCGGUCAAAAGAGGCUGAAGAGCCAGAGAAGGCAUCUUGCGAGUGGGCAGGUGGUGGGACUGUGUCUUCUAGUCCCUUGGAUGUGGAGGAGGAGGUAGAUCUUAAUGAAUGCAAUCGCUCUAUUGAAUUACUAAAUGAGGCCAUAGGAAGCAUUCAGCAACAGAUGAUGCAGCUUUCUCUUCAGCAGGAAAUGCUCAUGAAGCAGAAUAUUCAAUCGCCAACAAGUGCUACUUCACCACUUGCCAAUGACCAGAUCAACACAUCUGAACCAAGGGUCAGAGCUUCAAUACAUUUUGUUGAACCAAGUGGCAGCCCUGUUGUGCGAAAGCCACCCAAGCUAAGCUCAGCACGGCCACGCUCCAAACCUUCAGAGCUGUUGCUAGGUAAGGAGCAUAGUAAGGGUCAGAAGAGCUCCACUCCUACACCUACUGAUAGCCCUUCUGCAAGGUCCAUUCAAGGGGGCAGGACCCCCAAAGCAGAGUCUCAGGACUUUGUGCAAAGCUCUGUAAGAUCGGAAUCAUUCAACAAAGAUAAAGGGAAUCACAAAGGCACUACAUUCCACCUUAAUGAUGAAGCUAAUAUGAGGAUGGUCUCAAGGGAACCCAGUUCUGUGGCACUUGGAGUCACUUUUGAAGAAUCCAUGUCCUUGAGGGAUACAGAGACUACUUUUGAUGAUGGCACUGCAAGGGAUAACCUUAUAUCCUCAGAGGAUAUUUCUAGAGGAAAAGCCAAUCUUAUUGAAGUUGACUUGUCUGAUUUGGCUGCCAAUACAGAUGAUGAAAGCACCAAUGCAUUGGAUGUCACCGCUGAUGGAAGUGAUGGGGAAAAGAAGUCUGGCAUGGGCUUCUUUUUUAAGGAUGAGCAAAAAGCAGAGGAUGAAUUGGCCAAAAAGCGAGCCGCAUUUCUCCUGAAACAACAGAGGAAGGCCGAGGAGGCUCGACUCCGCAAGCAACAACUGGAGGCUGAAAGUGAGCAGAAAAGAGAUGAAACCAGGAGGAAAGCUGAAGAGGAAAGAAUCAGAAAAGAGGAGGAGAAGGCCAGGAGAGAGUUGAUAAAGCAAGAGUACCUUAGGAAGAAACAGCUGGAGCUGUGUGAAGAGCAAGAACAGCCUCAGCCCAAACCCAAGACCAAGCCCAAAAAACAAAGGCUGAAGUCUGUGGUGAAGGAGGAACCCUCCAUUGAUCCUCUUCCCAAGUGCCCUGCUGCCAAUGAGAAUCUCAUCAGUGCCCAGUCUGGCUCUAGUCUAUCACUGGCUUCUGUGGCCACCACUGAACCAGACAGUGUCAACUCAGGAGGGGCGGGAUCUCAGCGAGGAGAAUCAGUCGAGUCAUUUCCAGGUCUCAGUCGCAAUUCCAGUCGGACUACAGAGAGAGACUGGGACAACGGCUCCACCGCGUCUUCCAUUACAUCAACAUCCAUGGCGGAAUACACGGGACCCAAACUUUUCAAGGAACCAAGUGCGAAGUCCAACAAGCCGAUAAUCCACAACGCCAUUUCUCAUUGCUGCUUAGCAGGGAAAGUCAACGAACCGCAGAAGAACUCCAUUCUUGAGGAGCUGGAGAGGUGUGAAUCCAACCACUUGAUGAUUCUCUUCCGGGACAGCGGCUGCCAAUUCAGAGCCCUUUACUCAUACUUCCCUGACACAGAGGAGAUCCACAAGCUCACCGGCACCGGGCCCAAGAGCAUCACUAAAAAGAUGAUCGACAAACUCUAUAAGUACAGCUCGGACCGCAAGCAGUUCACUGUAAUCCCCGCCAAGACUGUGUCUGUGAGUGUAGAUGCGCUGACUAUCCAUAACCACCUGUGGCAAGCUAAAAGACCCGCAGGGCCAAAAAAGAGCGCAAAGUGAAGUCAGAUGACACUAUUUUUUUUCCAUCGAGGUCAGUAGUCACUUUGAAUGGAAGAGGUUCGCUGGACAAACAGGCAUGAGUUAUCAUGCACUUCAUUUGAAUGUGUUUUGGGUUGAAGUAGUACCCACAAUCCUGUGGUGUUUUUACAUGAAUCACUCUUUUGUUACUUGAAGUAUUUAUUAGUUUGGCACUGAUUAGCUCGUUUAAACGAAGCGCUUCCCCCAUGAUUGUUUGCCUUUUUUUUUACUAUUAUCUACUUAACGUCUUUCAAAACAUGUCUGCUGCCUCCAAGGACUGCCGGAACUCGAAUUAAUGUACAAAACUUAGCUGACUUGCCUCUCAACCAAAUUUUUUUUGCCUCCAAAAACAUGCUGCUCCUUUGUUGUCGCCGGGAUAAUCCCGGGUCUGCAUACUUUUGGCCUUCAUGCGUUGUGGUACUGUCUGUUUAUUCAACUCUUUCAAAUAAGCGCCUCGGUUUUAACCCCCCCGCUUGAUGGUCUUUUUUGAUUGGGAAUCAAACAGACCUUGAUAAGUGUCAGAUGCAGUUUACUUCUCUUUCUCGGUAGCGGCCUCUUCCACUGGACAGUCUGUACUAUGGUGCACUUAUGAUCAUGUUUUAGUGCUUUUAUUAUCAUGCAAUGUAACCAUGUUGAUGUUGGCACUGGAGCUUUUUUUUUUUUUUUUUUCCCUCAUGCAGAAGAGCAGCAUGCUCUGUUAUGAAGAGUGUCGCUGUAAACGAUUUGAAUGACAGUAUUUAAUAUAUUCACAAUCGGUUACUUCCCUUGCAGUCGCUGUCUAAUUAUUUACCAAGGUUGAAAACAUUCCUCAGCGAAACAAGUCAACACUGCCGACGUCCUUUUGCGUGUAGACGCUCGAAAAAACACUCACAGAAGCCUCGUGUCUGGUGUCAAGAUCAAUUGAGUGUUGCACAUGCACUUUAUUUUUUUGCUCAUGACGGUGUAGAGGUUUAAAGGGCUUAACGAAACUGUUUUUACUCCUAAAGCUUCAGUAGAUUUGAAGGUACUCUGGUAGACACUGAGAAAUAAACACUAUUAACACCGGAAAAGAGCACACUGACAGCCCCUUACGUCUCUUAAACUACUGUUUCCAAACCAUAGGUGUUAGAAUUGUCAUUUUAAACUGCAUUUUUUUGUAUAUUAUGUGUGUUUUUAUAUAUUACCUAAAAGAUUGUAUUGAUGUUGAUCACUUUUUUUUUUUCUUUUUAAACACUACUCUUCGUUUUUUUUGGCCAUUUUGCUUCCUUUAUCUUACCAUUAUUUAUUUUAAGCAAGACUCUGAGAAUUAAUAAAUAUUUCAAGUCAAUA